AGCGUCUGAAGAAGAUGUAUAAGCGAGAGGAGAAAGCUGCUCUCAGGGAUCUGGCACGGAAACUUCGCAGGGGACAAGUCUAAUAAGUGCCAAGACUUUUGCUUACUCCAAACUCGAAGAAAGCAUAGAAUUCUUGCCAAUGUGUCGUCAUGCUGCUGGGGGAAAACUCUCUUCUAUAUUGUGCCUAUUCAAUUGCCGUCUUUGAUCUGCUUUGUGCCGUGUUAUUUUCUGUACUCAGUCUGGGUUUGAUAUUAAGUCAUUUAAGCUGGCUAACUAUUUUUUGCGUCUGCUUGGGAAUCUUUUGGGUGACACUGAUUCUGCUGCUAAUCUCUGGUAUCUAUACGCGUGACUCCGAUAUGGUGCGUUAUUGGCUUAUAUUUUCCUGCUUUGGCAUUUUUGUGGAGCUUAUUCUGAUUGUGUAUGCCUUUUUGAGUCACAGCACAUUUCAAGCCGGCGUUAUACAAAAUAGCUUCAUCUUAUGUCUUGGCUUGUUUGUUGAAACCAUUUUCGCCUUCAUUAUCUAUCAGUUCUAUCUGGCGGUAUCCAGAUGCAAUGUCUGUGUCCGGAGACGCUCUACGCCGGACUGUGCAUGCAAUUCCCAGCGAUCGCAGCCGUUGAUACAACAACAAUCCCAGCCAGAGUCCUGUGAAUCUCCAAGCUAUCGACGGUCAAGCCGAAGAAGCCCCCAAUCCUAUAGAUGCAACAUACUGCAGAAUAGGGCAGCCACUAGUCCUUACACUUGUGGACCCAAGUCCUCUUACUCAACCGUUAAAUGGAAAACCGAUAAGUUUUAAUGAGCAACACAUUGUUAAUUGUUGAGUUAUAAUUAUAUUUUUUAUUAAAUGAACAAUAAUAUUUAUUAAACUAUAAACAGAA